CGUGACGCGCAAGCGCAUUGUCACAAUAUACCUAGCAUUACAUAUCUAACGUCAUGUUCAAGUUGAAUGAUAAUAAUUUAUAAAAAUAUGGAUGAAGAGUGUAUAAACUUUAUAGAACGUGCUGUACCAGCGCAUUCAGAACUUCUAAUAAAUUUAUUUAAAGAACAUUUUAUAUAUUUCGAUAUCCUACUUUCUCUUACACAUGAAGAAUUGGAAAAGUUAAUACCACAAAUAGGCCUACGUAAAAAGAUUUUAAUUGGUUUGGAGAAUUUUUGUAAGAAUUCAAAGGAAAUUGAACAUCAUGAACUACCAGGUACGCAGACUCUUCAACUAAGAGAUGGAGCAUUAGAAGUAAUGCAAGAAAGUGUUAUGAAUUCUUUAAAACGAAAAAGGCCUAGUACUACUGGAGAUUCAAUACAAAAUUCGAAAGUAAUAAAAACAGAGUGCCAAUUAAAUUACUGUAACACUCAAAAUACUGUUCGAAGAUAUUUAGAAGGAAAUAUUAAUGGCCUAAAAAUCCUAGCACUUUAUGAAAAAGGAUCCUUUAAUGGCUGCAUACGAUCUGAAUUAGCAGAAUGUGUUAUUACUUCGGAGUUGAAUGCCGAUUUGGAUGUAAACAAAGUAAUAACGCCACGAAGAUUCAUGGAACUGCGAAAUGAAAUAGUUAAUAUAUUCCCAACAGAAGCGGCGGCAACUUACUAUGCACCACGACAACCGAAAUCAGUUUCAGAAUGCGCUAAGCAACCAAGAGGCAAACUAUAUGACAAAUAUACAACUUUAAUAAAAGGUUUGCGAGGAGCAGGACUAAGGCACAAAACAUCGGAAUCUCACAUUUCUGAUGAUCCUUUGGACAUUACAUAUUAGUUUUAUUUUUUUUAUUAAAAUAAUAUAGAAAUUAUUUUAAAUAACCAUAGAAAAAAAAUGUACAUACGCGAAAUCGCAAACGUCUAUAAUAUAAGUAAUAAAAGUUUCAUAUAAAAUAAAAAUUCCUAAUUAAAA